AUGUCAGAGGAGGUAGAAAUUAAGACUUAUUUUAAGCUGGUAGACGUUGUUAAAUGGAUCGGUAUAACACAGUUCGAAAUUCUGGUGAACCUGUUGGCCUUUCUCGUGUUCACUAUUCUGCUCACGGUGAAAGCAUCGAGCGGUGAGCUGACGGGUACGCUGACGGCUAACGAAUGGUUAGCCCUGUUCUCGCCAAUGUUCUGCGGGGAUUUCUGUAACACUUACUUCUGCAUCAUCGUCGGCAUUCGGAUGUACCUGGGCAACAAGCACCGGCAGGCAAUGCAUCGGCUAGUUUGGAGCAUUCCCUUUCUGCUGCUAACGUCCGGCUUCAAGUAUCUGGUGUGCAUGAAACUGUCCGGCCAGAUACAGCUCGAGUACAGUGAAGUGUUUUCGCCUAUCUUCGUACUGCUGCAGAUGAUUGCGGUGAAGGCGUGUCAGUACAACCAGCAGUCCUGAUCGCACGCCAACCAAUCACGCCGU